UCACAGCAAAUUUAAUAAUCUGAUAACGAGAGAGCGAACAAAACGAGUUAACUUAAACUAUAAUGAUGAGCAAAGGUGUUGUAGGUACGAUUCUGCUCUUCAUGUUGAUCGGUGCGGUUCUUGUUGAGACUCGUCCCAUUAGUGGUCUAACAAAGACUGAAGAGAAGAAACUCGUGGCUGGUUUUAUCGAUGGCUUAUCACUUGGUUCGAUCAAAGACUCAGGUCCCAGUCCAGGGAAGGGUCAUAAUUUCGUGGACGGAAGUGAUACAUCCCGAUUUGAAAAGCACUCGGCCGGUCCAAGCCCAAGAGGACUGGGUCACUAAUUUUCAAAUCUUAGUUCAACACCCCGGCCGGUUUAAAUUCCCAUCUCCAUCUAGGUCCAAAAUAUUGUUUCAUUUUUGUUAGAGAGUCAAUAACAAGAGUUGAGUGUCUCAUCUAUUUUUUUUUUUGCUAUCAGUGAUUAUCGUUUUGUUAGUUAUUUAAUUCUAUAGUUGAUGAUGUAAAAUGUGACUGAUAAUUUCGAUUCUGGUCAAUAUGAUUUAAAUGUAAUAAUAAACAUGAUUAUUCUAAGAGCAUCUCCAAAGAGGAACUCUAUUUUGAAGUUUCCAAAACUCUAUAUUUGAAGUUUUAAUGUGUUAUCCUCCAAAAUUAAAAUUUCAAACCUAACUUCAAAAUUAUUUAUAUUUUACACUAUAGUCCUUAUAUUUGUCAUAGUUGAUGUAAAUUCAUAAAACUUCUAUAAAUAACGAGUACAUAUAUAUAAAUAUUAAUGAAAAAAAUCUUACACUAAAAUAUAAAAUUAUAAAUAAAAGUACAUAAUUAAAUAUUAAACUGCAAGCAAAUACUACAUUAUUCCAUAAAAUUAUUUUCGUAAUGCUCCCAUAUAUGAUCAACUAGUGCAUUUCGAAGUAAGUAAUGAUUUUCUUUAUCUUUUAUUUGUAGAUUACGAGCCAACAAUUGUUGAAUAAGAUAUCCUCAUACGCUGAUAGUUUGAUAUCAUCAAACGAAAAAAUCCUUGAUCUUUUAUACGAAAGUACAACAAGCAGGGAAAAAGGUCGUGAGAUUAUUGAAUUACGACUGCAAAAUAAAGCAAAAAAAUUAGCUUUUAAAGAAGUAAAAGAGGAAAAUAAAAUAUUGCUAAAAAACUUAGCUUCUAUCGAUGAUACUAAUAUUCGUGAAUACAUUCGAUCUGAACAAGAAAGAAUCGUACGAAAAAAGCGUCAAGAGCAACAACAACAACAAUCAUCUUCGGUUACACAAAAUUUGUUUGGUCAAUAUUUUGGUAUACCCGCUGAUAGUUUGAUAUCAUCAAACGAAAAAAUCCUUGAUCUUUUAUACGAAAGUACAACAAACAGGGAAAAAGGUCAUGAGAUUAUUGAAUUACGACUGCAAAA